AUGACCAAGGCAAGGAAGGUGCCCGCUGCGUAUCCGCGCUUCGAGAGUCCGCCGCUGGAGCCUGCGGACGAGCUGCAUCUCAUUCAGACGGCCUUGCAGUCACUCACAGACCUCGUCCGCAGCUCCCGCCUCGAAGGAGGCCCGAUCUUGUGGUCGCUCGACUCGGACGUGGACGGCGUACGCAUUUUUACAGGCAUCGACCCUCUAGCACCGCCCAAUGUCAACAUUACGCUAUGCGGCGUCAUGGAGCUUCAAGGCACGCUUGUCGAAGCCGCAUCGCUCUUUGAGCUCGACUCGACCGAGGCCGUCCGUCAGUAUCGUUCGCGCUUCUCCAAGGAUAUUGCCGACUACGCGUCAUUGUAUACACUAGCGCCGCGGACUCUGGAGCACCCGCGCAACUAUAUUGGCGUCAAGUGGCUCGCGCUCAGCAUGCCGAGCCCGAUAGUAAAGGACCGGGACUAUUGUCUCCUUGAGUGCCAAGACGAUUUUACGCUUAACGGUGUUCGCGGCUGGGCGCGCAGCUUCAACUCUAUCCAACUGCCCUCUUGUCCUCCCUUCCCGGGCCUCGUGCGCGCAACCUUGUUUCGCGCGGGAUACGUCUUCUUCGAGAGCACGAUGCCGGGCCUCUUGAAGUGCGUCCAUGUCAUUCAAACGGACCUCGCGGGCGCGCUCCCGACGUGGCUUGUGCGUACCGCCAUGAAGCGCCGCGUGAGAAACAUCGUCGAGAUCGACACGUUCCUCCGGCAACUCCGACUCAACGUCUCUGCAAGCCUCACCGACGACCAGCUCGUGCCGCUUUCGAUGCGCCGCAGCUGCUUUCUCUGCGGCACAAAGUUCUCUCCUUUCGUCGCCAAGCGGCAGUGCCGAAAGUGCGGCGAAGUCGUUUGCAAGCACUGCAGCAAGCAUUGGGAGCUGCGUGGUACAUGCGUCCGCGUGUGUCACAAGUGUGCGGCUGGCGCUGGGAUCGACUUGCCGCCAAUGCCCAUGCCCACAGUCGCCAACGAGGCCCCCUUCCAGAUCUACACUUGCGACGACGCAAAGCAGCAGCACCGCCGACCAUUGCCGAGAGCGUUCUCGACCCAGGAGCGUGACGCGGCCUCGCGGCCACCGCCAGAGCGUCAGCUAUCGUGGCCCGACGACCGGCCGGCGCCAGACCCGUUUCAACACCGCGACAUACCAGUGCGUCGCGGGAGGUACUACACGAUGCCGCACUUUAAUGCAGCAACAGAUCGCCCGCCGGAGUCGACGCAUGGGCCGUUACGUGGGGCCUUGCGUGGGCAGCACCAUGCGACAGAUGCUUUUCAAGAGUCGCGAGUAACACAUCCUAGCGGUGCCGUCUUGGACGUGAGCCAACUCGAUGCGACCCCGGCGCAGCUACGGCAAUUGCUUGCACAGCUUAGGGCCCUGGGCGUCGACGACGAACGCCAGUAG